AUGAGUAACUGGUUUCUUAGCGUCAAGUGGAUAGCCACGGGGGGGUUAAUCACGGAGGGCGAGACUGAGGGGCACAGAGGGAACGUGGCCUUCUCAGGCAGCCGCGUGACGGCUGCAGCCAGGUUCCCGUCCCGAUUGCGGAGACUUUUCCCGUCGCCUGUCACUCAGGGCCGCAUUCACCAUCCUUCCCGGCCACCCGCCUCGCCCCGCACAGAGCCGGGUUUCCGGGGGGAAGGCUUAGGCGGCGACACCGAGGCGGCCUCCUCCCCCGCCCCCGCCCCCACCGCGCUCGGGGGCCCUGCCUCCCCGCCACCACCGUCCGCGCUCGGCCGGCCGCGGGGAAGGAAGAAAGGAGCGGAGAGGCGGAGCGCGCGGAGGCGCCCGGCCCCCUCCCGCAGCCGUCUCCACCCCCAGGGACCCCGGAAUCCACGCCCCCACCCCAGGUACUCAAGUCUAGAUGCCGGCCCCCAGCAUUGCCUCCCCAGCGCGCGCGCACCCCCAGCCCCUGGAAUCCGGGCCCCUGAGCCCCCUCCCGGCCCAGGACUCCCAACCUUCCUAUCCCGGCCUCUCCCAGCCUCUGGCCACCCGGGCACCCACACUCCAUUUCCGGGGCCUCCGGACUCUGCCUCCCACCCCCUCCUCUCUGGCACCGGGGACCGUGUCCUGGCCCCUCCCGGCAGGCUCCGGCUGGGUCCCCCCCGGAGGAAAAGCGCUUCAGCGACUUUGCCCCCCGUUUCUUCUGUCUGUCCCCGGCUCGGUCUCCCUGUCGCUCCCUCGCUCCAUCCUGCCCGUUUCUUCUGUCUGUCCCCGGCUCGGUCUCCCUGUCGCUCCCUCGCUCCAUCCUGCCAUGGUCCCGCUGGCCUCUGUGCUGGCCCCAUCUCUGCCUGCAUCUCUUUGUUUUCUCUCCAUCUCUGUCUCUGCUGGGUGUCCCCAUCUCUCGCCUGCUUUCUGCUUCUCGCCGUCCCAUCUUCCUGCUGCUCCAGGUCUCUGCCUCUCACCCCGGCCCCUUUCCUGCGUCUGUCUCUCCCUCUCUUGCCCCGCUAAGCCUCUGACCCUCUCUGUCUCUCCAUCGCUCUGUCUCUGCAUUUCCGCGCCGCCCCCCGCCCCACCCCCAGUCCCCGCAACAAUAUCUCUGUCUC